UCACCCAGAGAAAGAAACAGAGCACCCGCCUCCGCCGUCGUCGCGCUUCUCCCCCUCCUGCGUACCUCGUUCGACGACCAGGAUGCAGCCGCCGCUCGGCAAGAAGACGAAAGGGCGCCAGCGCCGCGAGAACCGGCUGGUGGAGGACAGGGAGUCCCGGCAGGUGACCUUCUCCAAGCGCAAGUCCGGCCUCUGGAAGAAGGCCUCCGAGCUCGCCCUGCUCUGCCGCGCCAGCCUCGCCGUCGUCGUCUUCUCCGAGGCCGGCAAAGGCUUCGCGUUCGGCAGCCCCUCCACCGACGCCGUCCUGGCCUACGCCGGCUACGGCGACGCCGAUGUCCAUGCUGCCGCUGCCGCUGCUGACGACGUGGAGUGGGAGGCCCUGGAGGCGAUGUGCCGGGAGACGGAGAAGAAAGGCGUGGAGGUGGCCGCGGAGGCCGCGCGGAUGAGCGCCGUCGGGAAGAAGGUGGCGGACGUGCAGACGCAGGCGGGGAAGCGGUUCUGGUGGGAGGUGGACGUGGAGGCGCUCGGGGAGGCCGAGCUGCCCGAGUUCGCCAGGGCGCUCCAGCGCCUCAGGGACAACGUGCGCCGCCGCGCUGACAACCUGGUGUCCGCUCUGCCGCCGCCGUAGUUCAGGGCGGACCAGGCAUCCGUUAAUUGCCAGUGGUCUUGGUUUAUUUUAUGCCAUCCGCGAAAGAAAUUUGUGUCACAAAGUACGACUCCCUUUUUAAUUGUAAUUUCCUACAGUAUAAGAUCAAUUUGCUACAGGGACUAUCUUACAAAUGAAAGUUACUUGUUUCAAGAAUCAAGAUCAAUGGAUCUGACCUGUAGAAGCUUGUAUCGUGAU